UACAAAAAACAGCGGUUAGUCAGCUAAAUCCCGCGCGUUCGCGUCGAUGACGUCGAGGUGGACUCGACGCCGUCGCCACGGCAGCGCGCUCGCGUCGGUGGCGUGGCGGUGGACGCCACUACUACCAGAGGUCGUCGUCGUUGUCGGAAUCCGAGUCCAUGACCUUGCGCGCGAGCUGCACUUUCCGCGCCUUGUUCUCCUGGCCCGCCUCCUCGAGCAUAUUGACGAUGACCUCGUCGCUCAGCUGCUUCUGGAUCUCGCCGCGCAUGGCCAUCUGGAUCAGUUUCAUCUCGAGCGCCUCGACCUUGUCGCGCUUGACGAGCUUGACGCGUCCGAGUCGAUUCAAAGCUUCCGGCGCCAGGAUCUGUUUGAGCACCGCGGCCUUUUGGCCCUCCUGCUGCUCCUUGGCGGCCUGCUCGUUCGGGUCCUGCGUGAAGCCCUUGAGUCCUCCCAGGUCGCUGGCACUUGCGGCGCUCACGCCGGGCGGUAAACCUUGCAUGGUUGGCUGGCUGCUAAAUCUGCUAUUGCUACAACUCUCCCGCUGAGGCGACAGCGAUGCUCGCCGUGCAACAGUGAGUUGGUACUAACCCGCAGACGCUCGCACGCAAUCUAGGCUGCGUUGGCGGCGCGAUGCGCACGUCCGGUGCCGG